UUAAAAAGCAGCUGAAUAACUACUCUGUUUUAAGCCAUUCAGUUCCUCGCUUUAAGCUCUUUAUGUGCUCUCUCCUUUGUGAGAGUCGUUCAGCAACUUUUAAUUGCUUCAAAUGUUAAGCUGUCAUGCGUUUGGAGUGAAAGGGGUUAAAUCACGUGUGUAGUGUAGUUGAGCCGAGAGCCCGUAAAAGUGUCGUUUGAAGAGGACAAAGGAUCCUGCGGCAGAAUAUAAGAUCCCCUGCCAUCAUUCACUCCACUACCCAGCGGCAGCCCUCUCUCUGUCUGCUCUGCAAACACCGUUACUCAAUCAGCUUGUGUCUGGGGGACAACAUGAUGCGGACAGUCCUGUUUUGCGGCAGCAUUUUGCCGUUGCACCUUUUUCUCUGUGUCCAUUCUCUGCCGGUACACGAGCAGAGGACCAUCAGCGGGUCCAAUCAGCUACAGGGAUGGCCUCACAGCAACAGUCAUGUUGGCCUGAACAACAGGGGCCAACAUGAACAGGACACACUAAAUGAGGAGCUCUAUUUGAAGUCUGUACCAGAAUCCAGAAAUGACACAGAGUUUUGGAAGCGCCCUCGCUGCGGAGUCCCAGACUAUCCUACCUUAAUGAAGGUCAACCUGUCGUUCUAUAACCUGAAGAAAAGGAAGGGAGGCCUGAGUAGACAGGAGCGCAGGAAGCGAUUUGCGCUGUUUGGAGGGCGCUGGGAAAAGACUGACCUCACUUACAAGAUUGUACGUUUCCCCUGGCAGAUGAGUGAGGGCAAAGUACGCCGUGUCUUCCAGGAGGCAUUCGGUGUAUGGAGUGCAGUGACUCCACUGAGAUUCAGAGAGGUUACCACUGAGAAAGCUGACAUCAUUAUUGACUUCAACAGGUACUGGCAUGGGGACAGUUUGCCAUUUGAUGGUCCUGGAGGAAUCCUCGCCCAUGCCUUUUUUCCCCGGACACACAGAGAGGGAGAAGUCCACUUUGACUAUGAUGAACACUGGACAACAGGCAACAAUGUGGGCACUGAUCUCCUGCAAGUGGCAGCACAUGAGUUUGGCCACGUCUUGGGCCUUCAGCACUCUCUGGAGCCUGAUGCUGUGAUGUGUCCUUUCUACAGCGACUCCUACCCUCUGCAGCUGAGUGAGGAUGACAAGAGGGGUAUUCAGUAUCUGUAUGGCCCCCCUCAGCAUGCACCACCUGAGAUGACGGAGACCAAUGAGAUUGACAUUGGAAUGCCGGAUGCCUGCAGAACAAACUUUGAUGCCGUAUCCAUGAUCAGGGGAGAGCUGUUCUUCUUUAAGUCUCGAUAUGUUUGGCGUAUCCGUGAUGGGCAGUUACAAGCUGGCUAUCCAGCCUUGGCUUCACGCCACUGGGGAGGCAUUCCUGACCACAUUGAUGCUGCGUAUGAAGACAAGUCUGGCAACAUCUGGUUCUUCCAAGGUGACAACUACUGGGUGUUUGAUGCUGAGAGGAAGAUAACAGGACCAGAUUCAGUACAGCGGCUGGGUCUUCCUGUAACAGAUAUCCAAGCAGCUUUGAAGUGGGAAGAGUACAGUGUUGAGAAAGUCUAUCUCUUCAAAUCCACAUCUUACUGGCCCUUCAGUCCACAAGAGAAUCGUGUUGAUGAUGUCCAUCCUUACAGCAGGCACGAGUGGGGAGGAGUGCCCAGCCAUAUUGAUGCAGCCUUCCGGGACAUAUAUGGCUACGCCAAUUUCCUGAGUGGGUUGCACUAUUGGAAGUUUGACCCUGUGGCGCUGAAGGUGGUGGAAGGCUAUCCCCGCAGCAUCGGCAUGGAUUUCUUUGGCUGUUCUGCCUUUCUGACUAAAUAGGUUCAUACACAUAUACCUGCAAAACCUAUGGGUUGAUUUUUCAGCGUAAUUCCCCAUAGGGAACAUUUUAACCAUUUUGGAAAUAUAUUCACGGCUCAUGUAUUUUAUUAAGAUUACUCCAAAUUACUCUUUGCAAACAGUCAAUGUGCAAUGCAUGGAUGGCUGGAUGGAUGUAUUUUUGGUCUCUAAUUUACUCUAAGUUCACAUUAACAGUCAUUCAGUAACUGUUUACAGUAAUUUUCACAGGGCCAGGAAUCAUUUUGUCGGUUUGAGAUGGGAAUAAGUCACAAAACCUAACCCAGCUAGCUAAAAUUCAGUCAGUAUCUUCACUCUAUAUCUACAAGGAGGAACAAUACUGCUGCACUGACCUCUGCAACUUGAAGGUUCAAGUCUGUAGUGGUGCCUUAAAGUGCAAUACUGCAACGGUUCUGUUGUGGAAAGAAUAUUUACCACCACAAGUUAGCAGUGCAACCAGGAUUAUUGGGCUGGGUCAAGUAUGUGUAGAGCGGAGAAAAAAGGGACAAAUCAAGCAAGACUUAAUUUAAGUUAAACAAGUUGAGAUAGGUAUUAAGGCUUCAGUAUGUUUCCAGGAACUAGGCCAUAUGAUGUCUAUCUCUAAAUGCAAAUGUGAUUAUAUUUGUUCUGAAUGAGCACACCCAAAGAGGCGUCACAAAGUCUGCCUACUCCUGGCUGCAUCUAGGGCUGAAUACUGAGAAUUGAGAUAAUGUAUUUUCCAGAAAUUCUCAACAAAAUCUGCUCCUGUUUCCUGCCCCACUUUGCCUCUGACUGUCAUCACCAGUGUAGGUAACUGAUCCACCACCUGUCUCCCCUGUCCACAGUAAAAUGCAUAAUCCCAGUGUUUCCAAUACAUAGACUGUACCUGAGCAAACUGCGCAAGUGCAUAAAAGUCACUCCAUUUCAACUUAAAAAAAUCUCACAUUAGAACACCUUAUUUCACUUUUUUCAAACUAAAACAUUUGUGUGCUAUGAACCUGUCUGAGUUGCAUGUGCUGCAGUAACUGAGUGGGGACUAGAGGCUCCUUGACUUAGCUAAUGUCUAUCGAUAGCCUACAUGUAUCGGUAAAUUGUAGCUGCUGAUAAUCUGCAUGUGAGGCAUUUAGGGGACAUUUGUGAAUUGCAAUUCUCUUGUAUUUAAUUGUAGAGUCUUUGCAUGCACAUCAGUCACACACCAUGCCAUCCACGACCACAAGUAAAUUCUCAACCUGUGGGAAACACUGAAUCCUGACUUAACAUCUUCAGUGGAUAUGGCCUCAUCUUACUCUGAGCCAGAGCUUUACCCUACAACAUACAAAAUGGCCAAAGUAUAUACCUUUCAAAAAGAACGGCUUGUCCAAUUUCUGUUGCUCAGAUAUGAUGAAAUGGCCAACAUUAUGCAUUCCAUAUAUUGCUAAGAGUACAGCCAAAGCAGUGCACCUUUAUUCAUGUUUACAAUAAUUUUCCGAAUGUGUUAAGAAUUACUAAUGUGACAAAAAAGUAACUCUUAAAUGUAUUACUGCCACACUAAAGGGCAUGGUGAAAACUUUUGGGUGCACAUGCAAGCAAAAGUUAGUGUGGAGCCCUGACAACACCACCAAAGGUGUGUUUAAAAGCCUCCACACUCACUUGUUAAGUCUUCUGUAUUUAACAUUUGUAGAAAAAGAAAACAAGAUAUUGUGAUUUAACAAGCAACCAGUCCAUCAACUGCUAGCUUAGCCCCAGUGACUGCACACAGUGCUAGAGAUCUCCUGGUUGACAAGCCUUCCAAGAACAUACAACAAAUAAAUAUGACAACUUUGGAGUUACUGGGAGUCUAAUUUCUCCUCUUUUGGUAGAGGUGCUCCAACUUUUUCAUUUAGAAAAGUCACCAAAAUAUUUGAUUCUGUUGUUGGAAAUUUGGCUUCAGAUGCUGUUGGUCAGUUGGACAGGAACUUUCUUUGAAACAUACCUUUAAGAUGACAGGGCUUCAAACUUCAAAAAAGCUGCACUGCACAAAAACUCCUGUUUUCCAUAUUUUCCCUUUAAGAUCAUCAACUUAACUUUGAACAUACACACACACACAAAAUGUAUGCUUUAUGUAAUGAAUGUUGAACAUUUUUCAUUCACCAGAGCCACAGGCCUUAUUGCUUGUAGUUGACAACACUGCCUGUUUGUACUCAAAGGGGAGCCCAGCGGAGACUAACGUACUGAAACCUGGGACUGAACCAAGGCCUCUACAGUGGUGCUUCAUAUAUACACUAGCAGCAUGGCCCAAGGGAUGGCAAUGUCAGACAUUCAUGUUCCCCUCGUGGUAAAUGGUAAAUGGACUGUACCUAUAUAGCGCUUUUCUAGUCUUUUCGACCACUCAAAGUGCUUCACACUACAGAUUUCACACACAUUCAUACAGCACUUGUUCUAUACAAAGUGCUUUUCUAUACACACAUUCACACACAUUCACACACCGAUGACACAUCGGAGGCAAUUUGGGGUUCAGUAUCUUGCCCAAGGAUACUUUGGCAUGCAGACUGGAGGACCCGGGGAUUGAACCACCGAUCUUCUGAUUGGUGGGCCACAGCCGCCCCGGAUGAGUUGUAAUAAUGUUGGUGAUCCACUGACUUUUCAUCUAGUGCUAUCAUAGGGGCAGAUUUUGAAUUUGUCUAGUUCUUUGGUUUAUGAGCAAAUUCCUGCAAAACUAAUGACAUUCCCAUCAGUCUCAGAUGUUUUUUGUGUUGAAUGCUAAUUAGCAAAUAUUAGCAUUGGAACACAUUGGUGUGUCCCUCUUACAGAUUGUGGGUCUGUCUCUACUAGGAGACAGUGUCUUGUGGAGCAGAGAGUGUUUAUAAAACCUAGAGGAAAUGGAAAUCAGUUUCACUUUAAAAAGAUCACAAUAUCCAUUAAACAAAUGUGAAAGCUAUUUAUCAACAUAAAUGGGAACGAUGGGCAGUGAUUUUAAAUGCUUUGAAGAGGAGUUAGUUAGUGCUUGCUCAUGGUGGGAUCUAUUGGGUCUCUCUUUGUAAAUUUUAAGAGUACGGUCUAGACCUGCUCUGUAUAUACAGUGCCUCGAGAUAACUUCUGCGCUAUAGAAAUAAAAUUGACUUGACUUAGGUUUCCUCUGCUCUGCUAGAGGGUCACUUGUGGCAAUACAGUGCUAUAAUAUUACUACGCCUAAACUCCAAAAGAAAAAAUAAAGAAAACUGCCCAAAAAGAUGUUAGAUGAUGAAAUUUGGGAGGUGUGUGCAUGUGUGUGUCACCGAUGGUUACCCAUAACACAUAUCUACAUAUUUAUGUGUAUUUUUACAGAAGCACAAGUCAAGUUUCAGUCUUGGUACUCAGUGCCACUCAGGCACUAGCUUCAGUGUUGUUACCCAUUUCAUUGAUGACACCCUAAUUUAGUUAAAAUCCCACCACAGCUGUCUCCAGUGUACAUACAGUGGUGGAAAAAAGUUUUCGGACACCCUUAAAAUUUUACACAAAUAUUAUCAUGAAAUAUUUGGGGGGUAAAUUGUGUUUCAAAAGGUGGGCUGCAUUAGACAGACACAAACAAAUACAACUGAUAUUUUUUAGUUUUUGUUUGCAAGAAAAACUAACAAAACUAAAUUCUUGACAGUUUCAAUAUGUCAGUUCUCAACAUUGUUGGUAUCAAAGUCAACAAAUACAGAGAAUGUGUUCAAAACUGAACAGAAAAUAAAUAAACCAUCACAUCAUCAAAUUAAUAUUUAGUAGUCCUUCCAUUAGCAUGCAGUAGAGCUCUAAUCCUGGCUGGCAUGUUCCCCACGAGCCUUUCACACUGUUGAGGGGUAAUCUUGUCCCAUUCUUCUUGAAUUACUGCUUUUAAUUCUUCUAAAUUCUUUGGUUUACGCUUUGAAACAGACCUUUUGAUAAUCCACCACAGAUUUUCAAUGGGGCUCAUGUCCGGGGAUUGAGCUGGUCACUCUAAGACCUGGAUACAGAGCUCCUGCAGCCAAGUUCUCCUGGCCCGUGAUGUGUGGCAAGGGUCAUUAUCUUGUUGAAAAA